AUGGCCACUCACGACAAUUUUGUCGGAGAGCGUGUUGUGAGUUUUCUCAACAUUUUAGCGAACUUUGGUCAACAUACCCGUUACGUGCAGGUUCAGGUGAUCCCUCUGGAACCGCCGAAGAGCGAGGAAAGUGGUGCGAUGGAAGAUGAUGAACUUGUUCGUCUACGUCCGGAGAGCGUCAACCCCAACAACGUUCGCGUCGGAAUGGAAGAUUUUCAAGCUCUGAAGCUUAUCGGAAAAGGAGCAUACGGAACGGUUAGUAUUUCGAGAAUAAGUAAGUUCCCUGUGCAACAUAAGGGUUUUUCUAAAACUGUUUUUUCGCCCAUAAUGACGGCAGCCUCUGAAAUCCAUAGAUUCUUUCCGUCUUCCGCGUUCUGCCUUCCGCCUUUUUGAAAAAUCGAUUCCUCUAAACUCUGAUCGCGGGCAGCCAAUGAAAGUGACAUUUUUCCCAGUCUUUUCCUCCAAAAUUACUUUUACAGGUACGCCUAGUCCGCAAGCUGAAUGGAAACGACGCAGGAAGAAGAUAUGCAAUGAAGAGCAUUCAAAAAAGCGGCGUUGUCAUCUGCGCCAGUAGUGUUGUACGCUCAAAAGCGGAACGGGAUGUUCUUGCGUCCGUACGAUCGCCAUUCAUUUGCGAUCUUGUCUACGCCUUCCAGACAAAUGGAAAGCUCGUCUUGAUUUUUGAGUUCCUGCAAGGCGGCGACUUGUUCACGGAACUUCAACGCCGCAACGUGCUGCCUCAAAAAGAUGCCGUCUUUUACACCACUGAGGUGUUUAUUGCAGUGGAGCACCUGCAUAGAUGUGGCGUUCUUCACAGAGAUCUCAAACCCGAAAACGUGAUGAUCGAUGCCUCAGGUCACCUCAAGCUGACUGAUUUCGGUCUCUGCAAGCCAGAUAUCGGCCAAGAUUCACGUACAAACUCGUAUUGUGGCUCUGCGACUCAUAUGGCCCCGGAAGUCAUUCUCAAGAGACCAUAUGGAUACUCUGCGGACUGGUGGUCGUUCGGAAUAAUGUUGUACGACAUGCUGGUUGGAAAAACUCCUUUCUACGCAACAACGCCUCUGGAAACUAAACGCAAUGUUCUCUGUCAAGCUUUGAAACUUCCACCUUUCCUCUCCGCAGAAGCGCAAGAUUUCCUCACUCGUCUUCUAAGAAAAAAAGUUGAAGACAGAUUGGGGUCAGGCCCGUCUGGAUCGAAUGCAAUCAAGUCACACGCCAUCUUUUCUAACAUAAACUGGCACGAUGCAUACGCCCGGAAAAUGCAGCCGCCAAUGAUCCCGACUCUUCAAGACGGUGAAGACGUGUCUUUAUUUCAAAAGGUAUUUACCAACUACAAUGCAGUCUUCUCGCCAUCAUUGCAACAGUACUCACCAAACACAAACAAUGUGUUCGCUGGUUUCACCUACACAGCUCCGACUGCUGCAACGUGAGUUCACCAUUUUUUAAUUUCAAUUCUCAAAAAGCAGUUUUCAGCGAAGUGGGGAACACGAUUGUUGAAAACGACGGACUCGAGCUCAUGAACAAUGGUCAAGAUGACGUGAUCCAAUAUUUUGGAUGA